AUGGCCGGAAGCAAGAAGCUCAAGGCCGGCGGGUCUAAGAAGAAGGUCCCCGACACCGAGAAACCCAAAACUAUCGCCGAGCCACCUACACAACUCUUGAACUUGGUCGAAUCGUUCCUCUCUGAGCAUGAUUUCAGCGACGCCCAUCGCGCAUUCACAAAGCAGCGGGCCAAGAAGGGCUGGAAGGGCGAUAAAUCAGACAUCCCUGAGGGCCAUUCCCUAGUAACUGUCUUCCAAUCUUGGGAGACGUCUCUCAACAAUGCCACCACCAAAAAGGCCGCCAAAGUCGACAGCAGCGAUAGCAGUGACAAUGAUAGCAGCAGCAGCAGCGAGUCGGAGUCGUCAGACAGCGACGGCGAGGAUAAUGCGGAUGUUGAAAUGAAGGAUGUUGUCGAAGAAUCCUCCAGCUCCGAGUCCAGCAGCAGCAGCAGCAGCAGCAGCGACAGCGACAGCAGCGACAGUGACAGCAGCGACAGCGACAGUGAGGACGAGAAAAAGACCGCGAAGCCCGCAGCUGCGCCCAAGCCGGCGGCCAACCCUCUGAAGCGCAAGGCCGCUUCCGAAAGCAGUGACUCGUCUGACUCUGAUUCCGACGCCGAUUCCAGCUCCGACGAGGAGGCUCCCGCGCCCAAGAAGCAAAAGGUCGCUGCCGCCCCGGUCACCGCUGAAUCGUCUUCCGAGUCGUCGUCCGAUUCAUCUUCAGACUCUGAUUCUGGCUCCGACUCUGAAAUUAAGUCUAAGCCAGCCACCAAGAAGACCACUGUUAAGAAGGAGGCCGUCAAGAAAACUGCUGUCAAGAAGGAGACGGCCCAAAAAGACGACUCGUCUUCUUCCUCUUCGUCAUCGUCCGACUCAGACUCAGACUCGUCCUCCGAAUCCGAAUCCGAGUCUAAAGACGAAGCCGAGGAGGCGGCUAAGGUCCCCCUCCCUGACUCCGACUCCGACUCCUCCAGCGAUUCGUCAUCGGAUUCCUCUGCGUCUGAUUCCGACUCUGAUUCGGAGAAGACCAAGACCAAGACCAAAACUAAGACUACUGACAACAAACCCACCCCCUCCCCAGCCGCCACCGGCUCGGACACAUCUUCUGCCACCCUCGACCGAUCCUCGCCCAAGGUCUUCCCGGUCGAAAGCGACGCCCCGCUCCCCCCGGACCCUAGCACGUUCAAAGCCAACAACCGCGGCAAGAACAACAAUGGUAAAGGGGUCAACCAACCCUUCUCGCGCAUCGACCGCGGGAUUGAGGUCGACCCCCGCUUCCAGUCCAACGCCUUCGCCGGCCACGACUGGGGCCGCAAGGCCCAUGAGGACCUGAUCGUCACGCGCGGCAAAGGCUUCACCAAGGAGAAGAAUAAGAAGAAGAAGGGCAGCUACCGCGGCGGGCGGAUCGAUACCUCUGCUGUCGGGGGGAUCAAGUUUGAUGACUAG